GAUGAGAAAUAAAGGAGUGGGAUUGAUAAAGUUGAGGAAAACCAAAAUAAAAUUAUUGAAAAACUCAUGACAUAGAAGGUGAAACUAAUUUCAAUUUCAUGCUAUUUCUAAAUCCAGUAUUUCCUUCCAUUUUUGUCUUCUCUCUUUCCCUCAACUAACAAAGAGGUCAGCCAAUGGCUUCUUCGGAUGAACCACGAAAAGACGAACAACCUGCCGAAGAUACGGUUCUUCACAAGACCAAGACUAUCCUGUUUAACAAUCGUUCUACUCCCAUCAUUCUGCAAAAUGACAAUGGCCCUUGCCCUCUCCUCGCUAUCUGUAAUGUCCUUCUUUUAAGGAAUCAACUGACUUUGAAUCCUGAUAUAAGCGAAGUUUCACAAGAGAAGCUACUUUCAUUGGUUGCUGAUAGAUUGAUUGAAUUAAACAGCAAUAACAAUAAUAAAGAUGCAGGGUAUGUAGAAAACCAACAACAGAAUAUUUCAGAUGCAAUUGAUUUGCUUCCCCGACUUACAACUGGCAUUGAUGUAAAUAUAAAAUUCCGUAGGAUUGAUGACUUUGAAUUUACGCCAGAGUGUGCGAUAUUUGAUCUUUUAGAUAUCCCGUUGUAUCAUGGUUGGUUAGUUGAUCCUCAGGAUCAUGAGACCGCCGAAGCAAUUGGUUCAAAGUCUUAUAACACUCUCAUGGGUGAUCUUGUUUCCCUGGAGGCACGAAAAAUGGAGAUUGAAGGAAAGGAUAAAUCAGAUGAAGAUUGCAUUGAUUUUGCGGCUGCAACCACUGCAACCCUUGGUGUUCCUUCACCUAAUCUUUCAAAAACUAAAUCUUUUGAUGAGUCUCCCCGUUCUGAUUCUGAUCAAAGGGGACUUAAAAAAGGAGAUGCUGAGGAAGAGGCAGAGGUGUUGAGAGUAUUGAAAUUAUCUGAGAGUAAUUCACCGUCUACUAGAGAAGCAAUCUCUGUAGGAGAUGUGCUGAUAUCUUCUGAUGAGAAUGUGCAUAAGCUGAAGUCUAUUCCUGUUGAUUCUGUACAUAUAUUAGAGGAUAAUUACAUUCCACGACCGUUAGAUGUGGACACUUUUGUAUCGAGCGGGGAUAAUGCUUCUCUCACCUUGACAGAUGACAGGGAAAAAGACAGUGAUAAGUUAAUUAGUGCUCAACUUGGAGAAGUGUCCUUGUCAAAUGGUUUAGCAAAAUGCAACUCUGACACAUCAAUCCUUAAUGAAGCUACACAGAACACUUCAGAGAAAGAUACAGUGCAUGACCAAGAAGUAGAACCCUUGUCUACUCCUGUGAUUGAUUCCAUUGAAGGGUUGCAUAAGCAAAUUGUAGACGAGCAUCCUGGUCUAAUUGCAUGCCAUGCUGAUUCUGUGCCAACUAGUGAUGGAAUACCUAGUGUCCAAGAAGUUGAACCCUUUGUGUCGAAUAUAGAUGGUGGUGAACCUAUAUAUGAAGGGGAGGAGUGUAUACUGGAUUUAGGGAAAACAGUUUGUGAAGAUCGAGAACCUGUUUAUGAAGGUGAAAUGGUUCUGGCUGAACAGGCUGAUAUGGGAGCUAAAGAUGCUUUUGAUGUGUGCCUAAAAGAUGAAAUUACGCUUAGACAGGGAGAACUUAUCAACAACUUCCUAAAAAGCAAUGCCAGUCAGUUGACUUUUUAUGGCUUAUUUUCCUUGCAAGACAAUCUCAAGGAGCGGGAAUUAUGUGUUUUCUUCCGAAAUAAUCACUUCAGCACGAUGUAUAAGCUGAAUGGUGAACUCUAUCUUUUGGCCACAGAUCAAGGAUACAUGACUCAGCCUGAUUUAGUAUGGGAAAAGUUGAAUGAGGUCAAUGGGGAUACACUGUUUAUGACUAGUAAUUUCGAGGAAUUUAAACUGGAAAGCGGUUCAAAUAGUGCAUGGGAUCAGCAGAAUGCCGUGGCUAGUACUGCUGACUACCUGGCUAGCAUUGAUAACUCUACACCAGAUGGAUCCGACAUGAACUCAGAUCUGCAAUUAGCAAUAGCUUUGCAACAGCAGGAGUUUGAGAAACAGCAAUCACAGCAGCAGCGGAAUCCUCCUAACCAAGCCUCUGGUAUUGGAAAUUCAAGGCUAAUAACUGGUCCCCAGGUUCCUAGAAGCAGUGCAAAAGCAACGUCGUCUACCCCAAGGCAAGAUCAAAAAUCUAAAGACAAGUCGAACUGCAAAAUUAUGUGAAAUAUUAAGGUGGGGAGUUUGCUAAUUUGUAUUUAUUAAUUUUGUGUUUGUAACUCAAUUACUAACAUCUAAUGCGCUUUAACCACACAAAAUCUCCGUCCAGAAUGUUUUGGCAUCAAGAAAUCUGCCAUUGGGUUGUAAAUAUUGAUGUUAUAAUAUUGCCAUAAGCUUUGCAAAUGUGAUAUUAUUCCUUUUUGUC